AAGUUGCGAAACCGGUAUUCUAGGUUCCAUUUGCCGUGGAGAAGAACUGGGCGGCGACAAUGAAGCUCCCUAGCUUCUCUGUUUUUUUGUUAUUGCUUGGUGCUUUCCUUAUUUUCUGUGGGUUUUCUGAAUUUGUUUAUUGCACCAGAGGGGACGAGUUCAUUGGGAUGAAAUUGGGAGGGGUUCACAAUAUAGAGGGCACUCAUAACAGCGCUGAGAUCGACAGCCUUGCUCGUUUCGCAAUUGAAGAGCACAACAAGAAAGAGAAUUCACUUCUUGAGUUUACGCGGGUGUUGAAAGCCAAAGAACAGGUGGUAGCUGGUAAGUUAUACCACCUUGCGAUGGAAGCAAGUGAUGCGGGAGAAAGGAAAAUAUACGAGGCCAAAGUCUGGGUGAAGCCCUGGAUGAACUUCAAGCAGUUGGAGGAAUUCAAGUAUGCUCAAGACAUCUCUCCCUUUACAACUUCAGACCUUGGUGUUAAAAAAGGUCGCUAAAGAUGAUGUCAAAUUUAGCUUGCUUCUGAACGUUAGGAGGGAAGUUAGGGAAGAGACGUAUAAGCAGCGAGGGGGAGGAAGGUUCUAUUUGAGCCAGAUGCAGCAAGAUCAGUCCUGAAUUGAUUAGGAUUUAAAUUGGCUUUUGUGUGGAAUGUUGCUUCUUUAGUCUUCCCCGCGCAUGAAAACUGUCUUUUAUUAUUAAAAAAUAAAAUAAAACUCUCAAUGUAUAUAGACAUUACAAAGUACACUCAUGUAACGUUCUCCAUAUGUAAAUAUAUACUUAGUUUUGACUC